CAACCUUCUUCCUGCAUCGUUCGUCACACAUUUCGACUGUUUCUCUGGCCCUAACGAUAACAUGUCGAACGCAGAGGAACUUUUGAGGGAUUUUGAGGAGGACUUGGAGGAUGUGGAGGGGCUUCAGGAGACGGAAGAACAAGAGAAAGAACAUGAGGAGAUGGAAAUAGAGGAGCCUACAGGCCCAAAAGUUUCUAACGAGUUUGAAAUUUCGGUCUCUACAGCCGAUGAACUGACACACCUACACAAAGCUCUGCGUGACCACUAUUCAAUCAGAUUCCCAGAGUUGGAAACACUCGUCACCAAUCCGAUCGACUACGCGAAGACCGUUGCGAUUCUCAAAAAUGGGCCCCUCGAUAACAUCAAAGCUCUAUCAUCCUCUGCCGACAAUAUGGUUGGGACACCGUUGAAAUCUGUCCUGGAUGGACCGUCACUUAUUGUUGUGGCCCUGGAAGGGACAACAACCAGAGGACGCGAGAUGACCGAAUCAGAGCUGAAGAAUGUGCUUGAUACUUGCGAGAGAAUCCUUAAGCUUGACCGCGAGCGCACGGAGCUUACCCAGAGCAUCCAAUCUCGCAUGAACCAGAUUGCUCCUAACCUAACGGCUUUAAUCGGACCAGAAACGGCUGCGCAAUUUCUCAACCAGACCGGGGGACUGCGCGAGCUUGCAAAGAUCCCUGCUUGCAACCUGGCUGCCCAAGGCUCGAAGAGACGAGAAGGAUUAGGGUUUGCUACAAAUAUAGGCAUUAGAUCACAAGGUUUCCUUUAUAAUUCGCCGAUUAUACAAGGCAUCCCGAAUGAUUUGAAGAAGCAAGCCAUCCGUAUAGUUGCAUCCAAGAUGGUACUUGCCACCCGAGCUGAUGUAUCGGGAUACUGCCCCGACGGCUCAUUGGGGAAGGAAUUGGAACAGCAAUGUUUCCAGCGCUUGGAGAAACUGACUGAGCCGCCACCAAACACAGGAGUUCGUGCAUUACCUGCUCCAGACGACAAACCAUCCCGAAAGAGAGGCGGCCGACGGGCUAGGAAGGCUAAGGAAGCCAUUGCCAUGACCGAACUGCGGAAAGCCCAGAAUAGAGUGGCAUUUGGCAAGGAAGAACAAGAAGUUGGCUUCGGAACAGGCGAAGGCACCGUUGGACUGGGCACGCUGGGUCAGCAGACGGAUGGGCGAAUCCGAGCGACGCAGAUCGACCAGCGAACUAGGGCUAAACUCAGCAAGUCAAACAAGGGAUGGGGUACGGCUACCCCUGUCAGCGGCAUUGCGUCUUCUCUCCGAACAUUUGGCCAAGGAGGAGGCGCCGGGACGGCGAGCGUCCUACAAGCAAAAGGCCUUCGGACGUCGGGUGUGGGGCCUUCUUUGGCAGGCACAGCAGGGACGGCCAGUACUAUUGCAUUCACUCCAGUUCAAGGCCUGGAACUGGUCGAUCCUAAGGUGCAGGCGGAGAUGAACCGGAAGCGCAAGGCCGAAGAGGACAGAUGGUUCAGGUCAGGUACCUUUACUCAAGUUGGGAAUCAGAAUCAGGGUAGCGGCGCCGCUUCUGCGCAGGGUCAAAAUGGGGGAUUCAAGGUGCCAGCUUUACCACCGAAGAAGAAAGUCGACACCGGUGAGGGCAAGAUGGCACCGCCCUCAGUCCCAUUGAAGCGUUAAAUCAAGAAUCUGGGUCUCGAUUACUUCGUGUUCCUUAAUCUUCGAGCAUUCACAAGGAGUUUUAUUUAUUCUUUUUAAAGGAUCCUUCUCGCUUUGUUCUGUCUUUUUUCAUCCGGUUCAGGAAUCGGGGGAACUUGCAUGAUACCAUUUUAUACGCGAUGUAUGAUAGAUAUGAAAGAAGAUUAGCUGAUCUCACAGACAACUUUUACUAAAAAAGGAUUAAUAAUGGUUUUCCUCCAUUCAUAGAA